AUGCUCAGUGGUAUUUGCUCUGCUGCCUUAUGCCUGCUUGCUACGGCAAAUUUUGUCGUAGCUGGGCAAUGGACAAAUGACUUAUACGAUCAAACCAGUAUGGUACCCAAAGCCAAGGGCUGCUGGAAUCCAGACCCGGACUGUGGUGAAUUCACAUUUGUCGUCAUGCCUGAUACGCAGUAUUUGUUUGACCAGCAUAGUAUCCAUCCAGUACCUGUGGAAAAGUCGUUCGAAUAUAUUUUAACGUCUUCGAACCGGUCAGAUACUGACACGAACAUUGUGUUUAUGGCUCAUCUCGGUGACGUUGUCCAAAAUGGACUAAAGCAAGAAUUCGACCAAGCCAGAAAAGUAUUUGACUACCUUGAUGAGGCUGGGGCUGAAUACAGCGUUCUUGCAGGUAAUCAUGACGUUGAUCCCAGCACCACAGAUAAGCGUGGCAAAACACCGUAUCUGGAAGCGUUCAAUCCUGAGCGCUUCCACAAGAUUCGCUCGUGGCGUGGCGCUUCGCCGACAGGCUACAACAAUUAUCAUAUUUUCAAGGCCGGUGGACGUGAAUGGCUCGUUCUUGCUCUUGAUUGGCGCAUGUCCAACAGCUCGUUUGAAUGGGCCGAGAGUGUGCUCAAAAGCCAUGCUCAUAUACCGACCAUUCUCACGACACAUGAGAUUGUCACGGCUGAUACUGGAAAAGCCGAAUUCACCGAAUACGGUGAGGAAGUCUGGAACAAGCUUAUCAAGCACAACAAUCAAGUGUUCCUUACACUGAAUGGUCAUUUUUGGCCAUCAGGUCGGACGAGUCGCACUAAUGCAGCUGGUAACAAGGUUGAAUCGCAUAUUACAAACUAUCAAAAUCGUUACUACGGUGGCUCGGGUAUGAUUCGCUCCUAUCGAUUCAAGAUGCGCGAGAAUAAAAUUGACGUAUCCACUUUUUCACCAUGGUCAAGGGAACUGGUACAGAAGGGCCAAGCUAAUCCACUUUCAAGAAAAGAAGCAGAGCUUACCACUUCUACUGAUAAGUUCACAAUGCAUAUCAACUUUGAGAGUCGUUUCCAGGCUCUCGACAAUUCUAAACGUUCAGAGUCGUCCGAUGAUACUGUAAUUACAGGCACGCAGGCAUAUUGGCGCUUUGAUCGGCAUAAAGCUGGCUCGCCGCUUUCUCAGUCCGACAUAAUCAAGGACUUGUCUGGUAACUGUAAUGACUUGAUACUUAAGACCCACUUCCCGUCUGACAAUACCACACUUCGUUGGUCUGAUGCACACCAUCCUUUACAACCUGGACAUGGAAGCUUAAACUUUACUGCGCAGAAGAAGCCACUUCAGGGAAUGUAUCUUCAGACACGCGAUGAUGCUAAGAUCAACUCAAACAAGUUUGAAAAUGGCUAUACCUUUGAAGCCUUUUACUAUCUGCCCAGCAGCUGGGACAGUGAGCAGAAUGCAUGGAGCAGUUUGUUUAGUCGCCGUGGCUCCGCUAGUGAUGCUGGUAUUCAUGGAGAAGAGGCUGAUAAGGAUGAGCCUAUCGUGACUCUUAGUAUUUCAAACGACCGUGAGCUCCAAUGGCGUGUCUACCCGCUGGGAAGUCAAAAUGGCACUACGAAUUGGGGACAUGAAACGCCAUUUGACCAUUGGUGGCACGCAGCCGUUGUUAAUAAUGGUACGAUGACAAAAAUGUAUGUGGAUGGCAGCGAAGUGGCUCGGAAUCCAGCCCAAAAAGCACAUGGCCUCACAACGCUGAACAAGCCCUGGAUGCUCGGUGGUUUUGAAUACGGUGGGAAGCUUGAUCAGAUCUUCUACGGAAGCAUUGGUGAUGUGCGUAUUGUUGAUCGGGCUAUAUCGCCGGAGGAGUUUAUGUUCAGGCCUGAUCUUAACUCCACGACUGGUAAAUAA